AUGGAGAAAUUUCGACCCCCAGAUCCACUCAUAUUCGAAGGAAAUUUAUCAGAUUUAUGGGAUAGAUGGAAACAACAAUUCGAGCUUUAUCUGGUAGCUACAGAAUCACACGACAAAACAGAAGAUAUCAAGACGUCAAUUUUACUAACAUGUAUCGGGAAGCACGGCGAAGAGAUCUACAAUACAUUUACGUUCUCUGACGAGGCAGACAAAUUGAAAUUGAAACCAGUAUUGGAGAAGUUUGAAGCAUAUUGCAAGCCGAGAAAAAAUAUCACUCUACUUCGACAAAAUUUCCUUACGCACAAGCAACAUGAUGGGGUGACAUUUGAUGCCUUUGUCACCGAGCUAAAAAGACGAAGUGCACAAUGUGAAUUUGGCGACCUUAGAGAAUCACUCAUCAGAGACAUGAUAGUAAUCGGGGUCUCAGACAACCCGCUUAGAGAGCGACUGUUAAGGACGGAGACUUUGACUCUAGAAAACGCAAUAAAAAUUGGUCAGGCAUCAGAAGCAACAAAGCAACAAGCAAUGACAUUAAGCAGACCACACACCGGAAACCAGAACAAUGUCGACGAACUACGCACGAAAUCAAACAAUACAAGGCGCCAACGACAACAAAGCGCAUAUACUUCUUUAUCUUCGCAAGCUCACAGCAAUUGUAAAUACUGUGGCGAUAUUCACCAACGAGGAAAAUGUCCUGCAUAUGGGAAAACAUGCUCAAAGUGUCAUAAAUUGAAUCACUUCGCCUCUGUUUGCUUAUCUACAUCCCGCAGCGUACAUUAUACCACGGAAGGUCAUGAAGGUCACGAUUACGAGAUCACAAGCGAUGCCAAUAACAUUUUCAUAGGAACUCUCUCAACGGAAGUGACAGACAACUCCGUCAAUACGGCUAAUAUUACGCAAGAUGGAAAUCGUGACUGGAUUAUCUCUCUGCGAUCAAAUGAAAGUGUCACGCGGUUCAAAAUUGACACUGGAGCUCAGGCUAACGUCAUACCAAUGGCAACAAUUGAGAAACUAGCAACUAGACCGCCUAUUGAGAAAACUAAUACAACGUUGACAGCAUAUAACGGAAUGAACAUUCCAGUGGUUGGAAAAUGCACGCUGGACAUUCAACAUAACAAUCAAACUCAUGCAAUACCGUUUGUUGUUGCAAACACUACUUCACCGCCACUAAUUGGGUUACAAACCAGCAUCGACCUCAAUCUUAUAAAGCGAGUUUGGACAGUAAUUGCUAAAACACCAAACUUCAUACAAGAGUACAAAGAUGUUUUGGAGAACUUGGAUGCCUAA